AUGAAUGACUUCCACAUUGCAUGUCUUGGACUGCAGUUUCACUUCCCCGGGGUACAGCGCUCAGUAGCAGCUCAAGUUUUCUCUCUUCAGAUUGAGAUCCCAAGUGUUAUAGCUGAAGUCAGCGAUCCUCCACUGAUGAUCCGACCUGAGGAUCGGUGUGAUCCUGAGAGCCUUCGCACGAAUGCAGAGGUAAGAAGGCUUAUAAUUCCAUGCUAUAUGUUUCCUAUCAAACCACCUUGCCUGUUAAGGAUCACUCUUGCUUUGAAAAACUACAGCAGGAUCUUUGGGGAUAAUGGAUUCUUUAAUGGGGAAAAUACAGAUUGCAGCAAGUGGAGAACCAAUGCUACAGCUGUGGCUGAAGUAAUUAAACAACUACUGGUUACACUGCAGGUAUGUACAUCUAUUUUUAAAAAUAAACAUUUAAACAUGGGUAUGGUUAGGGUUAAGAUAUCAACUACCUGGAACUAUAUAUUAUAUUUGUAUGUCCAUGGAACUGCUGCUUUGUCCUUGCUAACUUUAAUAUCUGGCCCACAGGAACCAUGGGACACUCCUGUUCCCUUGAAUCUGCCUCAGUGGAUGACUGAAGAGUACCUGUGCCGUGACAGUGCAGACCGACUGUACUCCUUCUCCAUAGUGGUCGCUCGGGUCUUCAGCUUUUUGGGUUCGCGUCCUCAAAUGGCCUAA